GGCUGUCCAGCCAAUUUGGCAGAGCCCUCUUCUAUAUAUUUGCUUGCGACCAAACCCAAACCCCAACCCCAAACCCAAAUCCAAAUCCAAAUCCAAACCCAACCGCUUUAUGCUUCUCCGUCUUCUUCUCUAUAAAUUUACAUCCUUCUCUCUCUAGAGAUAUUAUGCAUAUCGCAUUGAUCGUUCACUGGUAAUCGCCCGCCGAUCGACCGUCGAAGAGCUGCAGAUGAUAGAUUCUGGGUUAGGAACUUGGGAGAAUCCACUCUGCCUAACUGAGAGAAUUGGAUUGUUUGCAGACACUGGUGGCCUGUAUGUAUAUCGGGAUAUGACCUCAGAGAUGUAGAAAGAUUUAUUUUGACUGGCCCUACUAGCUGGGAUCUGACCAUUGUUGAGUUGAGUUUUUGAGAUUUGGGGACUUGUGGUGGUGGUAUCUUUCUCAUUUGCAUCAUAUUUUUGAUGAUGCAUGCUCGUUAAUGUGGAGUGAGGGCAUAAUUGCGGCAGAUUACUGCAGCUUGGCCUUGUGAGGAAGAAUCUGGUCUUUCUGCUGAUUUCAGGGCUGACAUAGUUCAAAUUGAAGCCUGCUAGGCAAUUGAUCUAUUGCUUUCAAGCUGAUCUGAUGUAGCAAAACUUGGAGGCUUUUCCAUGCUAUAGGCUGCUGCUUUCUCAUCUCCAGUAGCCCUAUAACGCAGCACUUCUGAAAUUUAAGGUGGUGCAAUAUGGGGCAUAGACAUAUAUUCAACACAGCACAAAUGUUUGAAACUGAUGAUGACCAGAGCUGGAAUCAUAUCCAUGCAGAGCAAUCUUACAGGCAUUUAGCUAGGGCUGGUGCUGCUGAAAACAGUUCUCUUGGUUAUCCUGUUGAAAAUAUGUCAAUAGAUGGUGUGCAUUAUGCUCCUCACUGGAAUCCUGUUCCUAGGUCAAAUGGGUUUCCUUCCUCUAGUCACAGCAAUGAGAUGCCAUGCUACCAGACUGAUGCUUCAGGGCCUUCUCGCGAUCCUUUCUUGCAUCCAUCUGCUGCUGGAAGCUUCUCUAUGGCCCCCGAAAAUUAUGCUCACCCUGCCUCUUCAUCAAAUUUUGGAGGCCAAACAUUUCCUGGGGUUGAUGGUGGUUUUGAUGACGCUACAUUGGGCAAUGGAAGAGGGCCAUACAAGCGGAAAAGCCCCAGCGUUCCUGCAGUCUGUGAGAGAGGCAGUUCCAGUAGAUACUAUAAUGCUGGAAGUUCUUCUGAUCUCCCCAUUCCAUCUGACAUAUGGCAAGAGAAGCCAAAUACAGAUUCUCACCAUACAACUUGGGAUUAUCCUGUUAUUGGCUCUAGUCAUAAUAGGAGCAGCAGCCUCUCAAUUGGAAGUGAUCCUACUCUGAGAAAUGUUAGAAGCAGAGCUGCAGUUGAUAUGGAAUCCAACCAAGCUAGGACCCAUUUACCAAGCACACCAUCGCACCAUUCGUACACAAAUGGCAAUCAUGUUGAUCAUUCUGGUCCUAUGGAUCUACUUGCUCAGACUUCUAAUGCUCCAAUGAGGGACUGGAGCCAUAUUCACCCAUCUCCUGCUGCUCAUGGAAGGAUUUUGCAUCCAGAUGCUAAUGUUUUCAGUCAUGAGGCAAACUACUACAUAACAGGAAGCAGUAGCACUAAUGCUUCUGCUGAUGUUGGUGGAUACCAUGAUGAUGUCAUUUCAAGUAGAACUCCGAUGCCUCAAAAUGUGCAAGGUACAUCAAACCCAUCUGUGCGAGGAGUUAGAAGCAGUUAUUCACAAAGAUCUGCUCCAAUUCUUAGAGGAGCUUCCUCAAGCAAUUUGCACAUGGGGCAUUCAUCAACUUCAGAUGAAGGGUUACAGCUAGUCGCAGAAAAUUUUUCAUCUAGACAACCAAGGCCUUUGUCCAGCAUAGGAUGGCGUAAUGGCGACCGUAGUGGACGAACAAGGAUAUCAAGUGAUAGGUACCGGCUGCUUCCUGAUGAGGCUAGUUUCCGUGAUCGACUGACACCUGAGGGUCUUAUGAUUGUGGAUCGUUCAGCAUUAUAUGGGUCCAGGAAUUUGCUUGAUCAGCAUAGGGACAUGAGGCUGGACAUUGACAAUAUGAGCUAUGAGGAACUACUUGCGCUAGGGGAAAGAAUUGGAAAUGUUAGCACAGGCUUGUCUGAAGAUAUGAUCUCCAAGUCUUUGACAGAAUCAAUAUAUUGUUCAUCAGACCAACUCCAAGAUGAGGGAAGAUGUGUAAUCUGCCUGGAAGAGUACAAGAACAUGGACGAAGUUGGAACGUUGAAAACUUGCAACCAUGACUUCCAUGUGGGAUGUAUUAGGAAAUGGUUAUCAAUGAAGAACUUGUGUCCAAUCUGCAAAGCUUCUGCUUUGGCCUGAUAAUAUGAAGCAGCAAUAAUUUAAUCCAGUUGGCCUAUGUAACUAACUGUCUAGCUUCAUUCUUGUAAAUAUAUCUCAGGAUAUUGCCUCAAAUGAGAGGAAAAAUGACAUGUCUAGGGAAUCUGUAAAGUGAAUGUUUGGCCAAUGUCAAUUAUUUUGUUUUAUUUACUUCAAAACUUAUCCA